AUGUCAUUAGUAAUUCCUGAAAAACGAAACAGCAACAGUUUACCAGAUGAUAUCUUUAGUUAUAAUCAAGAUAAAUUUUAUGAAUUUGUUGAGCAUUGGUAUGGUAAUGAUCUUGCACAAUUAUUUAGUUUUCAAGCAAUUCGAAAUGGAUCACACCUUUUAAACACCACAGCUGAUGAUAUAUUAUCUGUUUUACAACAUGAGUCCGAGGAUAUCAACAAAUUGAAAAACUUAUGUUGCUUUGAACUUGCCAAUAAGCGGUUCGAAAAACGAUCAUCUGAUCAACAUUCAUCAUCCAGUAUUGAUACAUCAACAUCUAUUGAUCAAACACAAUCACAAAAUGAAACAAAAUUAUUAUCAGCUACAUCAUUAACCUCGUCGAGUACCGAUACAAAUCCAACACGAUCAAGAUUACCAUUAAUUCAGAACAAAAUGAAUGAAAUGGAUCAUAUACUUGAUAUUAAAAAUCAAAUCAGUAAAUGGUGGGAUGGAGUUGAUAAUAAUAAUAAUUCAUUGUUAGAUGAAGGUACACAGUACUUUUUAGAGAUCAACAAAUCAAUUAAUAAUUCAUAUACUUGUGUUUUAUCAUGCCAAUGCGGUAUUCGAUUUAAAUUACCAUUUACAGAAGGUCUUUUCAAAUUAUCAGCGUUUUAUCGUCAUUUAAAAGAAAAAAAAUGUGUAAAACUACUAGAUACAACGAAUGUAACAGAAAAUAACUCGACUAAUAAAGAAAAUCAAUUAAGUUGUACUUCGAAAUCAUCAAGUAUAAAGUCGAAGAAGAAGAAAACAUCAACAUCUACAACUUCCAAACGACCUCGAUCACCAUCAACACAAGUAUCUGCGAGCAGUGGCAAGAUGAACGUAAAAAAGCAUCGAUCGUCUUCCUCGAAAAAUAGUAAUGUGUUUUUGGACUAG